GGUGCAUAGCAAAUUCUCCGUACCAUGGUGUUGUCAAGGCCACAUCCUUCUUAAUAAAAAACUCCCUUCCCUUCCCUUUUUAUGUAUGUAUUGGGCCACUGCACCACCUUCUCAAACCCCGCGCCACGUCACUCCUCGCUUCCCUCGCUGGCCUCUCCAACACUCUCACAAACCAACACCUCUCUUCCUCUCUCCUCUUUUCUCUGAAUAUGGAGAGUCGCCUCCUCAAGGAUUUCGAGCUCCACCACAAGAAUCCCUCCCUCGAAGCUCUCCGCCGAUGGCGUUCCGCCGUCGCGCUCGUCAAGAACCGCCGCCGCCGCUUCCGCAUGGUCGCCGAUCUUGACAAGCGCUCCGAAGCCGAGCAGAUUAAGCAGGGAAUCAAGGAUGAUUGUUAUUCCUUUCCUCCCACCUCCAUUUCAUGGAUCUCUUGGUCCUAUGGUGAAGGGUUUUUCACUCUUGGCAAGCGGACCAAGCUUCGUUGUAGUAAUUUGAUAUCGUCCUUAGGGAUUUGGGAAUACUAGUAAUUUCCUUUCUUGUUUACAGAGAACAUGAAUGAAAUGUUGAUUUAAGUUUAUAAUAAAGCAAUUAAAAGCAAAAGUAUGAAUGUAACAGAAAACCUUAUAUGAGAAAGAGAUUGGAUUCAAAUGUACUUUCUAACUCUUUUACUCUUCAUCAAAUAAAUAUGACUCCACUUCUAUCACUUCCAUGUUCAAUAAUUAGCUCAACCAGAUUCCUCAAAAUUGAGUCCUAAGGUGGUUAACCCUAAACAUGAUUCCUCUAUGAUUUAAGAUUAACACCUUGCAUUAAGACAAUAACUUGAACCAAAAUGGCUAACAAAAUCAAGUCUAUUCCUAGAACAAGAGAUUAUUAGGUGAAUGAUUCAGUUCGGGUUUUGAAAAUGUUUCCCAACAAAGUUCAAAAACCUAAAAUCAUAAAACGGGUGAUCAAACCGGAUUAAGCAUUAAGAGAAGAAUCAAACACAAGUAAUAGAACUGAAUAUCAUAUAGAUCUAAGAAGAAAUAGAGUUAGUAGUUACAUUGAAUCCAACCCAAGAGAAACUAGCCACUCAUGGUGAGGGCCAUAGCAAAUAAAAAGAUGAGUUUACACAAUAGAAGAGAAGAAAUGAAGAUGGAUUCUCGUUCCCAAGCAAGCCAAUCUUCAAGUCUAAUCUCCAAGCUCUCCUCUUCUCCUGGGUGAUCUUUCUCUCUGUGUUUCUUUUGUUUCAUUUUUUUCUGUUUCUGUUCGGUCACCUUUUUUCCUUCCUUUCGUGCCUUAAAAUACGUCCUGUCCAAGGGAAAGUUUGGAUUUUUAACCCAAGGCUGCAGCUCUGGAAUGGGGGCUGUAGCUCUGAAUUUCUGGACUGCCCAAAAUGUUCCAAGGAUGGAGCUCUGGUUUCAUGGCUAAAGCUUCAACUCUCUGGAAUACCUCUUUUUGCUUCAGGAUUCGUGGCUGCAGCUUUGGCUUUGGGGCUAUAGCCUUGGAUUUCCAACUUCAUCAAAAUCUACACAAAAUGGAAAUAUUUUCAACCAAAGAAACUACACUCUUGUAACUCCUUAGAUUAAUCUUAGUUCAUCUAUUUGGAGGGCAAAUACAACCAAAAGUACUUACAUCUCUCCCAAAAAGAGUGCCAAAUUAAGCAUAAAAAUAUGCAAUUUGAGCACUUAUCAUCCUAUUUUUCUUCAUUGGAGAAUCCUUCCUCUCCAUUUUAGUCAAA